UUGUUAAAGAAUGUUGUUUUAAAUUCAGAUUUACUAUCGGAAUGCCGUCGUAAAAUAUGGCAACGUACUGACCUACAAUGAGACAAGAUUGGAGCCGAAGAUUAUGAAUUGGCACCAUCAUUCCGAGAAAUUUUAUACAGUAAUUAUGACAGACCCCGAUGGACCAUUUGGUAAUGCGCGUGAUUUCGAAGAAGAGUGGCACCAUUGGCUCAUUACAAAUAUUUAUGGGCAUUACAUCGAACUUGGAGAUGUUUAUGCGGAGUACAUAGGAAUUAUACCAUCCAGAGGCAAACAUAUUCAUCGAUAUAUUUUUGUUGUUUAUGAACAACCAGGAGAAGAUCCAAUGGAAUUUGAUGAAAUUCAUCUUGGUCCAGAGCCUAUCAACAUGCUACGAGGAUAUUUCUCGACAAAGGAGUUCGUAAAGAAGUACAACCUGACGGGGCCGUGGGCGUGCAAUUUCUUCUUGGGCGACUGGAGUAAAGCACCAAGACCCAAACGAAUACCAAUGAAGACGGGUCCCACGAUUCAUCCGGAUGAUGUGCCGGAUCAGGAGUGUCACAUAGGUGAAGAUAUCGACUUCGACAUAUCUGAGUUAGACCUGACUCCUGAUGAAGAGGAUCAUAUGAACAGUAUUGGCGAGUAAAACCAUGUUUGUGAAUAUACAGGAGUCCCCAACUC